AUGGAACUAGAAAAGAUGAAGGAUAAUGAGUGGACUCUCCUUGAUCGCCAAGCCCUAGGUGUUAUUCGGCUAGCGUUGUCUCGUAACGUUGCGUUUAACAUAGUGAAGGAGAAGACUACAACACGUCUCAUGGCGGCACUCUCAAAUAUGUACGAAAAACUUUCUGCCUCAAAUAAAGUUUGUUUGAUUCGUAGAUUAUUUAAUUUGAGGAUGACAAAAGGUGCUUCGGUGGCUAAGCAUCUAAACGAAUUCAAUAUUGUGGUAACACAAUUGAGUUCUAUAUCUAUCAAAUUUGAUGAUGAGGUUAGGGCUUUGAUUCUUCUAUCUAAUUUGCCAAAAAGUUGGAAUAGUAUUGCAACGGCAGUGAGUAAUUCUUUGGGAAAAGAAAAGUUGAAUUACAAUGAUAUUCAAGAUUUAAUUUUGAGUGAAGAAAUUCACAGGAGGGAAUUAGAGGAAACAUCAGGUUCUGCCCUGAAUACAAAAGCCAGAGGAAGAUCAAUAGAAAGAAACCCGAACCGCAACAAAUCAAAAUCCAAACAUAGAAGCAAGUCAAGAACUGGAAAGGGACAUAGUUGCUGGAACUGUGAAAAGAAAGGACAUUUGAAAGGAGAUUGCCCGACAUUGAAUAAGAGCAAUUGGGAUCAAAUCAGAAGGGAUGUAACAAUCAGGUUGCUAAAUGGAUUUGUUUGGAAGAUACAGAAUGUCAGACACAUGCCUGGUUUGAAAAGAAACUUGAUUUAUGUUGGACAACUUGAUAAUGAAGGUCAUGUUGUAACCUCUAUGGGUAGUUUGUGGAAAAUCACCAAAGGGGCCAUGGUUGUUACUCAUGAUAAAAAAGAAGGCACUCUUUACACGACAAUAAACAAUAGGGAUGCAGUAGCAGUUGCGGGUGAGAAGGAAGACUCAAAUCUGUGGCACCAAAGGCUUGGGUAUAUGAGUCAAAAAGGGAUGAAGGUACUUGCAUCUAAGGGGAAACUGUCAGAUUUGAAAUCGGUGGACAUUGACUUUUGUGAGGAUUGUAUCUUCGGUAAACAAAAAAAAGGUCAGUUUUUCAAAGGAUUCAAGGAAACUGAAGUUAGAAAAGUUGGAGUUGGUUCAUAUAGAUGUGGUGAAACAAAAAGUUAUGAUGAGGCUUUGCAGGUUGAUGAUUCAAAUAAGUGGGAGUUAGCUAUGCAAGAUGAAAUGGAUUCACUCAUGGCAAACCAUAUGUGGGAGUUGAGUGAAUUACCAAGGAGAUUAGACAUUGCAUAUGCAGUGGGAGUGGUUAGUAAAGUAAUCCAGGCAAGCAGCAUUGGGAGGCAGUGA